GUACAUCUUUCAAUAUGAAGCUAAGGAUUCGAAAUCCGUCAGGUAUUCUCCAAGAAUACCUGGCUCACCUGUUUUACCAGUAUGGUCUUUUUAUUUACGAUAGACCACGAUUUUUCACAUUGGGACCCCUCAUACUGACUAUCAUAUUUUCCUUCGGUAUUCUGAAUAUGCGAACCGAGGAUGACUUGCGAUUCUUGUACUCUCCCGAACACUCACUUUCUCGCGAGGAAUAUCAAGUACAUAAAGAUUUUAGUGGAGAUUCAAAGAAUAAUUCAUUUGUAUCUAUUACAAUUCAAACAUCUUCCGAAGAUAAGAAUUUACUGAAAAAGGACUUGGCACAAAAGUUGAUCCAGCUGAACAAGUAUGUACUUGAGAAAAUGGAAAUUCAAGUUGAUGGGAAGAUAAUAAACUUUGGAAAAGAAGUAUGUUCACGAAUGAAGCAAUGCGAGCUGAGUAACACUAUUGCAACAAUAUUUUUGGAUACUUUUUGGAGUGAAAAGCUCCGAAAAGACCCGCGAAUCAAGAUCGAAUAUCCCACAAUGAAAUUUUUCGAUAAUAAGUUUUUCUUGCCCACUCAUUUUUAUGGAGUGCAACCAGGUGGUCCUUUAGGAAUAGAAAGUAUCGAUAUGGUGCAUUUUGUAUAUCAAAUUCCAGCUUAUAAUGAGCAUACAUCAGAAGAAAUGUCCAAAAUCUUCGAACAAUCUUUAACAGCUUUAUUGGAGAACCAAACGACAUUCGACACUUCAAUGUUCAGCUUGUCAAUUCUGAAAGAUGAAAUGCAGAAAAAUUCCACGUACACCAUGCCGUUUAUUUCUCUUACAAUUCUCUUACUUUUGUGCUUCACAGUGGCAUCAUGUAUGACUGACAAUUGGGUGACAUCAAAACCAAUUGAAGCCAUGAUCGGAAUUCUUGUCUCUUCAAUGGCAAUUGUAUCAGCUGGUGGAUUGUUAUUUGCUCUAGGAGUACCAUUUAUCAAUCAGGUCACUGUUAUGCCAUUCAUCGCCUUGGCUAUUGGAGUUGAUGACGUUUAUGUUAUGCUGGGUGCUUGGCAAGAUACCAGAAGAACUCUCGAUGCCAAAAAAAGAAUGGGGUUAGCUCUGGAGGAAGCUGGAAGUGCAAUCACAGUUACUUCACUUACUUCAGUGCUCUCUUUUGGUAUUGGAACAUACUCAACAACUCCUGCUAUAGCAAUUUUUUGUAAAUUCAUUGCGUUGGCUAUCAUGUUUGAUUGGUUUUACCAGCUAACGUUUUUUGCGGCAGUUAUGGCUAUGGGAGCAAAGAGAGAAGCAGCUGGAUAUCAUUGCGUGUUUGUCUGGAAACGUUGUGAUCGAGAAGAAAUUGCUAAGGCUAAAAACGAAAAUGCAAUUUCACCAACAAGAUACUUUUUUGAAAACAUAUUCGCGCCAUUCAUCUGCCGCCCAUCUGUUAGAUUCUGCAUGCUCAACCUAUAUGUUGUGUACAUUGCGAUAGCUUUCUACGGAUGUUCCCAGCUCACUCCAAAUUUGACACCUUCUCAAUUGGUUGUUGACGAUUCUCCACUUGUUCCUUAUCUCAACUUGGCUGAAAAGAAAAUUUGGGCAGAAGGUUUAAUUGGAAGAAUCUAUGUCAACAACGCACCUGACUUUAGUAAAAAUCCGGAAAUGGUGGACAGAAUGCUCCAAAUGGUAAACGAACUUGAAUCAACACCAUACUCCAUGGGUCCAAAUUCGACAAACUUCUGGCUCAACGAGUUCAACAAUUAUCGGCAAUUUUUCUUCCAAGAAGAUGCAAAAUUCUACGAAACACUAAAAUCAUUCCUGAAAGUUUCAUUCAACAGUCAUUGGGAAACCGACUUGGUUUGGGACACUCCAGACAAGUCCUCAAAAGGUGGAACAAAAGUCGAAAAAUUCGUGUUCACCACGGCUUUUAAAAUUUCAAAUUGGAACAUUCGAACAUCACUUCUCCUAACAUGGCGUAACAUAACAUCAAGCUAUCCCGAAUUCGACGCUCUCGUCUUUGACGAGAACAACUUUUACAGUGAUCAAAUGCUGGAAUUACAGUCGACUAUUCUUUCUUCUCUGGGAACAGCCAUCAUUCUUUUGAGUGCUAUUUGUAUCAUGUUCAUUGCGGAAUCCUACAUUGUAUUCUGGGUCGUAUGCACUCUCAUUUCUAUGGAUAUCGGAACAGCAGGACUAUUAUCUUUGUGGGGAGCUGAUUUGGAUCCUAUGACUGUCGUUAAUAUUUUAAUGUCUAUCGGACAAUGUAUUGAUUUUGCAACACACGUGGGAAUUCGAAUCUACCGUUCUGAAUACUCUGAUCCUGAUGAAAGAAUACGAGACGCGAUGGGAGCAAUUGGAUGGCCCGUUGUUCAAGCAGGAACAUCUACGUUACUUGCCAUUGUCGUGAUGCUUAUGGUUCCUUCAUCGGCUGUUCGAAUGUUUGCCCGUACUAGUGUUCUAGUUGUGGGAACUGGAUUUUUCCAUGGGUUGAUUAUUCUUCCAAUUAUUGUUCGAUCAUUUGCAACCAAUGCCAAAGCACUUGCCCCCUCAAAUCAUUGAUUUUAUUUUUUUUGUUAAUUACAAAAUGCGGGUGUUAGAAUUUUAAAACAAAUAAAUUUAUUGAGUUCU